ACCCUCUCCCUCCCUCCCUCUCUCUCUCUCUCUCUCUCUCUCUCUCUCUCUCUCUCUCGCGUCAGGGAAACCCUCUCGCACUCGCAUGCUUCUUCGAUCUCGGAAGUAGGCGAUUCAUAUAGAUUGUCUUUCUCAGCUACUCCAUGCGAAGUGGUGAACUUUGGUGAUAAUCAUGCCUGACGUACAGGUCCUUGUGAAUGAUUUCCUUAACAAGCUUAAAAAACGUAAAAUUGAGGGCUCGCUGGCCACGGCAAGGCAGACGGCUGAAUUGCUUCGGUCGGUGAUUUCACAGCAGCGCGUACCUUACACAAACCAGGCUAGAGCUUUGAUUGAUGCUGUAAGAGCUGUUGGGGAGCAGCUGAUUGCUGCAAAUCCUGUUGAGCUUGCUGUUGGUAAUAUCGUGAGGCGUGUUUUGCAUAUUAUUAGGGAGGAGGAUCUAUCUCUCACAACAGCUGCUAUGGCUGGUCUGGGCUUAUCAGCUGCUAGUGAUGAUGAAGACGAUGCUGAUCAAGAUAAUCAUCCAGUUCUAUCAGCUGCUGCUGUUGCUGCUGCUGCAAGAAGUACAUUACGUCCACCUUCCUUGCAGACCCUUCUCGAGGAUGUGCCUGACUCAGCAGCUGUUCCUCACACUUCUUCAUCUGGGGGGGAUUCUGAAGGAAAAAGCAAAUCUGCUGAUAAAAGUUCAAGAACUCGGAAGUUAAAGCAUGAUGUCAUUGAAGCUGUUAAUGAACUUAUUCAAGAUAUUGCCACUUGCCAUGAACAGAUUGCCGAGCAAGCAGUAGAGCACAUUCAUCAAAAUGAGGUAAUAUUAACUUUAGGAAGUUCAAGAACAGUUUUGGAAUUUCUUUGUGCGGCGAAGGAAAAACAGAGGUCAUUUCGGGUGUUUGUUGCGGAGGGUGCUCCAAGGUAUCAAGGACAUCUUCUUGCAAAAGAAUUGGUCACAAGAGGUUUACAAACCACGCUAAUUACUGAUUCUGCAGUCUUUGCCAUGAUUUCCCGGGUGAACAUGGUUAUAGUUGGAGCACAUGCUGUCAUGGCCAAUGGUGGGGUCAUAGCACCCGUUGGAUUGAAUAUGGUUGCACUUGCAGCUAAAAGGCAUGCAGUUCCGUUUGUUGUACUUGCUGGCAGUCACAAGUUGUGUCCUCUGUAUCCUCACAAUCCCGAGGUCUUGUUGAAUGAGCUGAGAUCCCCAUCGGAGCUGCUGGAUUUUGGAGAGUUCUCCGACUGCAUGGAUUUUGGAAGUGGCACUGCUUCCCCCCUUCUUCAUGUGAUCAAUCCAACAUUUGAUUAUGUGCCACCAAAACUCGUUAGUCUUUUUAUUACUGACACAGGAGGGCACAAUCCAUCAUACAUGUAUCGCCUCAUUGCUGAUUAUUACUCUGCUGAUGAUUUCGUGGUGCAACGAAGAUCACCUACAGGGAGAUGAGUUUAGCUCCCUCUUUUCUUGUCAUAUGUUGGGUAAGUAUUUUUAGUUUUCUAUGUUACAUGAGUCAAAUGGCUGUGCCUGGACUCGUAGUGUGAAAUUGUUAGUACGACACAUAUUUCGUUGAUGAAGCAAAAGCUUGAACUUUUGAAAUUUAAAAUUCCAGCACAACGAAAAUGUUAAUAUCUAUUAUGUUCCAUUUGGAACUUAUACACAUGGCAAUUGUGUCAAGUGGCUGGUGUACUUUAAAAGAGCAACCAUCUUCAUAAUGACAUGGGAUCGUAUUUCAUUCAAUACUGAAAUUACUGGAGGCAUAAUUACUAUAAAAUCUGGAAAGUAUACCCCAUGUGCACAAGGUGGCUAUCUCAUUUAGGUAUCAGAUACGGACCUUGGCAGGAUCAGAUACAAUGACAUGAAAAAGAAACUAGUAUAAAACGACUAUGAGAUUCCUCCAAAGAGGCUCCUAUCCCAAUUGAAUAUAGAAACAAUCCUUUAGAAACACUUGGGAUUGCUAAGAAACCUCUUGAAAUCCAGCUUAUUCCUGGCUUCGGUAUGGGAUGAUCAUGUCCAAAUCUGAUGUGGCAUUAAAUUGGGUAUGAAAUGGAGUUUUUUAUUCUAUGCUGCUUCAGCCUGUUGAAGUUUGGGUGGCUUCUUAUUGCUUUUGGAUUAGCUCAUUUAUCGAGCCUGCAGUCUGGAGAGAUGAUAUUUCGAUGUGGAAAGCAGACAUGAACUAGACGUUUUGGUUUUUUUGCUUUAAAGAGUGAGGUAUUCUCUUUAUCAUUAUUAUCAUGAUUUUCUUGUAUCAUUAGACAGUCAUGCCUAGGUGUAAUUCUUGUAUAUGUCGCGUGUACUUGUCUUCGCCUAUUUGCAAGAAAAUUCUUAUUUACCGAAAAAAAAAAAAUUAUCAUGAUUUGUUGUUGUUUAAUAUGCUGUUCAACUUUCAGGUAAUUCAGAAAACUAGUUUGAUAAGCAGCGCGAGUGGGAUGAAAGUUGGAUUGCAUUGUACGAAUUUGGGAGCAAAUGUUAAUGCUGGAAGAGACUAGGAAAAGUUGCUCUUGCGAUGUUGUGAAAUGAGAAUGAAUACGCAAUAAGAAUGGCAACUUCCUGACUAUGAAUAUCCGUAUUGAGGGAAGCAGCUUAACUAAUGGAAGAUAAUUUGUCAAUGUGAGAGGGCAAGUCUCAGUGCUGUAUUUUGUAGCAAAGCUAUGGCACAUAAUUAGACUUUCACCAAUGUUGUAUUGCGCAUGGCUAAAGUUUUUGUCACAGUUUGCAUUCGGGUUAUUACGCCUUUACUCCAUGGGCAUGUUGCUUUUGUAUUUCUUAAGAACAGUUUUGACUCCAACCUCCUCCGAGGAAGGAAAGAGUUUUUGGGUGGCAUACAGCUUAGUGAAAAUAUUAUCACUGUUAUUAA